UAGCCUCCAAUCCCUCCCUCCCUUAUCAUAUCAUCGUCGUCGUCCCCACUUUCCGCUCCAAUGGCGAUCGAAGCCGCGCGCCUCUCCCCGUCCCUCGCCGCCGCCGCCAUCCUCGGCCGCCGCGGCGCUCCUCCCGCCGCCCUCCCCCUCCGCCGCGCCCUCCCGCUCCUGCUCCCCCCGCGCCGCCGCCGCCUCUGCUUCCUCGCCGCCGCGGGCGGGGACGGCCGCGCCGUCGCCCUCCCCUCGUCGGAGCUCCGCAAGCGCCGGGGCGGCGCAUCAUCCUCCUCCUCCGCUGCUCCUGGUGGUGGUGAGGACGAGAAGCUCCGCUCGCUCCGCCGCCUCCUCGCGCGGCCCGACGUCGCCAUCGACGCCUACAUCGUCCCCUCCCAGGACGCCCACCAGAGCGAGUUCAUCGCAGAAUGCUUCAUGAGGCGUGCUUACCUGACUGGGUUCACUGGUAGUGCUGGUACGGCUGUGGUCACAAAAGAUAAAGCUGCUCUCUGGACUGAUGGCCGGUACUUUCUCCAGGCUGAGAAAGAACUGAGCCAUGAUUGGACACUCAUGCGCAGUGGAAAUCAAGGUGUUCCUACCACUAGCGAAUGGUUGAACGAGGUGUUACCAUCUGGUUGCCGAGUUGGCAUUGACCCGUUUCUUUUCUCAUUUGAUGCAGCUGAAGAACUAAAAGAUGCUAUUUCCGAGAAGAACCAUGAGUUAGUUUUGAUCAAGGAUUUGAAUCUAGUUGAUGAAAUAUGGGGAGAAUCAAGGCCAGAGCCCCCAAAAGAACAAACUAGAGUGCAUGGAAUCAAAUAUGCUGGCGUUGACGUGCCAUCAAAAUUGUCCUUUGUUAGAUCACAGCUUGCUGAAAAUGGGUGUAAUGCUGUGGUCAUUUCGUUGCUUGAUGAAGUUGCAUGGUUGUUAAACAUGAGAGGAAGUGAUGUUCCAAAUUCACCUGUAUUUUAUAGCUACCUUAUUGUGGAGGAUACCGCUGCUACAUUAUUUGUGGAUAACAACAAAGUAUCUGAAGAUGUUUUAGAGCACCUCGAAAAGGCUGGAGUAAAACUAAAACCAUAUGAAGCGAUUUUGUCCGAUGUUGAGAGAUUGGCAGAGAAUGGUGCAAAGCUUUGGCUGGAUUCUUCAAGUAUAAAUGCUGCCAUAGUUAAUGUGUUUAGAUCAAGCUGUGAGAGAUACGUGAAAAAGAGAGGAAAAGCAGGGAGACAAAUUGGAAAAGAAUCAUCUCAAGGUGACCCAGCUACUGGAAGCUCUGGUGUUCAGAAUGGAACUGUAAAUGCUCUAUACAAAGUUUCACCAGCCACCCUAGCCAAAGCAGUUAAGAAUGAAGCAGAAGUUGAGGGUAUGAAGAGUUCACACCUAAGAGAUGCUGCUGCUUUAGCAGAAUUCUGGUGCUGGCUAGAAGGGCAAGUUCGUGAAAGUGUACCACUUACAGAAGUGCAAGUUGCUGAAAAGCUUCUUGAAUUUCGUCAAAAGCAAGAUGGCUUUAUAGAUACAAGCUUUGACACUAUCAGUGGUUAUGGUGCAAAUGGUGCUAUAAUACACUACAGACCAACUCCAGAGAGCUGCAGCUCUGUCGGAAGCGACAAUCUCUUUCUGUUAGAUAGUGGUGCUCAAUAUAUUGAUGGAACUACUGACAUAACAAGGACUGUUCACUUUGGUGAGCCAACCCCAAGGCAAAAGGAAUGCUUCACAAGGGUUUUGCAGGGACAUAUAGCUCUCGAUCAGGCGGUAUUUCCAGAGAGAACUCCUGGCUUUGUAUUAGAUGUUCUUGCACGCUCUUCUCUGUGGAAGAUUGGGCUGGAUUACAGACAUGGCACAGGUCAUGGAGUUGGAGCUGCACUAAAUGUCCAUGAGGGCCCUCAGAGCAUAAGCUAUCGAUAUGGAAAUUUGACAGCUUUACAGAAGGGCAUGAUCGUAAGCAAUGAGCCUGGUUAUUACGAAGACAAUUCCUUUGGCAUUCGUAUAGAGAAUCUUCUUCUGGUCAAAGAGGUUAAUUUGCCAAAUUCGUUUGGUGGCGUCUCGUACCUUGGUUUUGAAAAAUUAACUUUUGUUCCAAUUCAGAGCAAGCUUGUUGAUUUGUCCUUACUAUCACCUUCGGAGAUCAAUUGGAUCAAUGAAUACCAUGACGAAGUCUGGGAAAAGGUUUCCCCUUUGUUGAGUGGCCAUUCUCUCGACUGGCUCCGGAAGAACACAAGACCUCUUUAGAUCCCUCUAUUUUGGUUGUAGGACUCAUGGGAAUAUAUGAGCUCAAUACGUGACAUGGUGAUAACACAGCAACCAUUGGAAGUGGUAGUCAAUAGAUAUCGCUAACUGCAACAUCUGACUACUAUCUACUCUUCAUCGCAUUAUCAGCAAACAGUGGCAAAGAUGGUGCCAAGGACAGAUGGCAAUCAGAACUGCUGUCUGCUGCAUCAACUGAAGCUGAUUUAUUUGGCGUUCGCUCAACUUGGCACGAUAUUCAGUUCAGAGGGGUUAAACUCUGCGUACAUAUUCUCUUACCAUGGGUUAAAUUCGCUAGGCAGCUAAGUUCAAUAAAUAAAUAAAUUCGCUAGACAGCUCGUAAGGCGUUAAACUGUGCCUCCCUCCAUCCACUACUACAAUUGCUUCCUUAGCUUAUAGCCUUGCAUUAUGCUUCAAUGCUAUUACUAUGGUUACAUGUCGUAUUUUUCCGUAACUUCGUUGUGCCCUAAGCCCAAGUGGGUUUGUUGUGUGCGCGCGCACGCUCUUUUUUUUUAUUUCUAUUUUGUCAUUCUUUUUACUUAUAUAUGGGUCAAUUUGCACUAA